CUUAAAUUUCUUUGUCUCUCUGUAUGAUUGUCACAUUCUUGGGAGGGGUGGUUGGCCACUGUUCUUGCCUGUGGAUUAACGUGGUUUCUCUCGAUUCAACAAUCAUUAUAAUAAUUCAUUCUUAUUUCAAUCUUCAUCUUCUUCGCUUAGUUCCUCUCAAAAGGGGUUAUGGGAAAUCCCCCUUCUCUCAACCCAUUUGAGUUUCGAACAUAUUAAAGAAGAAUCAAAAGCUUGAGUGUUCAAGUGUUUUGAGAGGAGAAGCAAUGGAUGGUCUCUCAGAUCUUGAGCCUGAUUGCUCUGUUUUUGUUGAAGUUGAUCCCACUGGCAGAUAUGGCAGAUACGAUGAUGUUUUGGGGAAAGGAGCUUCGAAAACAGUUUACAGAGCAUUUGAUGAAUAUGAAGGAAUCGAGGUCGCUUGGAAUCAAGUGAAACUCUAUGAUUUCUUGCAAAGUCCUGAAGAUUUGGAAAGGCUUUACUGUGAGAUUCAUCUUUUGAAAACAUUGAAGCAUAGAAAUAUUAUGAAAUUCUACACUUCUUGGGUUGAUAUUGCUAAUAGAAACAUCAAUUUUGUUACUGAAAUGUUCACUUCUGGUACUCUUAGACAGUAUAGGUUGAAGCAUAAGAGAGUUGAUAUUAGAGCUGUGAAGCAUUGGUGCAGGCAGAUUUUGAGGGGGCUUCAUUAUUUGCAUAGCCAUGAGCCUCCUGUGAUCCAUAGAGAUCUCAAGUGUGAUAAUAUUUUUGUUAAUGGGAAUCAAGGGGAGGUUAAGAUUGGUGAUCUUGGACUUGCUGCAAUUCUCAGGAAAUCUCAUGCUGAUCAUUGUGUCGGGACACCCGAGUUUAUGGCUCCAGAAGUGUAUGCGGAGGCGUACAACGAAUUAGUCGAUAUCUAUUCAUUUGGAAUGUGCAUGCUGGAGAUGAUAACUUUCGAGUAUCCAUACAGCGAAUGCACUCAUCCCGCUCAGAUCUACAAGAAAGUCAUAUCUGGGAGAAAACCAGAUGCCUUGUACAAAGUGAAGGAUCCCGAAGUGCGACGGUUCAUCGAUAAGUGUUUGGCGACCGUUUCGCUUAGGCUAUCAGCAUCGGAGCUUUUGAAUGAUGCUUUUCUUCAAGUUGAUAAUGGCGAAUAUGAUCUAAGAACCGUUGAUUAUGACAGCUCCUUUUGUAAUGGAUAUCCAUAUGAUUAUAGUUUUGAAGCUUCAAGUGAGUCAGGUUAUCAUCCAAUUGAUACUGAAACCAAUGGCAUUGAACUUUUUGAGUAUUGUGAAGGUGAACACUCUGAUGAUGUUGAUAUCAGCAUCAAAGGGAAGAUGAGAGAAGGUGGUAGCAUCUUCUUAAGACUCAGAAUUGCAGAUAAAGAAGGGCUUAUCAGGAACAUUUAUUUCCCGUUCGACGUCGAGACGGAUACAGCAUUGAGUGUUACGAGGGAAAUGGUUGCAGAGCUGGAUAUUACAGAUCAAGACGUAACGAGAAUUGCUGAUAUGAUCGACGGGGAAAUCGCUUCCUUGGUGCCUGAAUGGAGGUCGGGUCUGAGGCAAAGCUAUUGCCAUAAUUGUGCUACUGCUACUUACAACAAUGCCAUAAUUGAGAACUCUGAGGUAGCUCCAUGCUGUGGACAUCGACAUGCUUCGAUUCAUGGUCGUUUUGAGGAGAUAAUGUAUCAAGCUGACGAGUCCGAGAAUCAUACAGCAGAGGCUGCAGAAAAUGUGUUGAGCCAUUCUGUUUGCUUGAAUUAUCCCGAAACGUGGGGACGUCAUGAAAGCCGUGAACUUAGUUCAAUGAGCUCAAGACAUAGCCACUCGGAUGAAGAUUACGAGAAAACAGAUCGAUCAGUUACAGUCAUGGACACGAAAGAAGUGAUAAUCGAACGUAAAACUGCUCUUAACACGAGACGUUCGCUUCGGAGCCUAUUGAAUUCCCCUUCAUUAGAUGAUGUUCAACAAGAAAUGAGACGGAUUAAGGCCAAGUACCAAAUAGAAUUAAGCAAGCUCAGAGAUGAAAGGUAUGCUCGAGACACGAACCGAAGUAGUACCGAUAGCCAUGUUUAUACAAAUAGUAGCUGUUGCGGUACAGACUCGGAAAGAGCUCGAAAUCGCAAGGCCAUGGAGGCGGCCUCCAUUGUGGAGAAGGUAGUCACUGCUAAAAAUGCCUGCACUGGUUCAUUGCUGCCAAGCUCACUUCAUAGAACUAUCACUCUCCCAGUUGAUGCUGUGAAUAUGUAACAAUGUAAGGUCAAUCCUUGUAUUCUUUUAUGGAUUCCUAACACUAAAUCAAGUCGAAUAAAUAAGUAAAUAAAUAAAUUACAUUUACCAUGAUUGGGUUCGCACA